CUUCAUUCCCAAUCUCAUUGAAUUUAUAUUGAUCUCCAAGCGUAACGGGGAUUGGGACAUUUUAAAUACAGAGACAAGCUCCAGAACGACGUAGUUCCAUCUUUCCCUGUAUAAAGUCGCUCUGUCUCCGUCUCCGCGUCAGAUCUCAGUCAAAUUCCACUCCGAUCUCCUUUCUCAAAUCCUGGCAAUGGCGAGUCGAUUAACCCUUCUACUCACACUCAUCUCUCUGCUCCUCUUCGCUCUAUACUCCACCCCAAUUCUCUCCUCUGCCACAGCAGCCGACGAUGACGAUGUUGAAGACCUCAGCUUUCUUGAGGAACCCGAAUCCGGCGACGCCGCGCCCGGAAACCACCCCGACUCUGACGACGAGUACUUCGAUGACGAAGAUGACGAAUUUGGGAACUACGACGACUUCGAUGCCCCCUCUGAUUUCAAUCACCAGGAAGAGGAGGCGGCUGAGGUUGCCGGGAUCGAUGAGACGGACGUCGUCGUUUUGAAGGACAGCAAUUUCAGUGAUUUCGUGAGCGAGAACAAGUAUGUGAUGGUGGAGUUCUACGCGCCGUGGUGUGGGCAUUGCCAGUCUCUGGCGCCGGAGUAUGCGGCGGCCGCCACCGAGCUGAAGACCGAGAAUGUGAAGCUCGCCAAGGUGGACGCCACGGAGGAGAACGAGCUGGCGGAGACAUAUGAAGUUCAAGGAUUCCCUACUUUGUAUUUCUUUGUUGAUGGGGAGCACAACCCGUAUUCUGGUCAGCGUACCAGGGAGGCUAUUGUGACCUGGAUUAAGAAGAAAAUUGGGCCUGGUAUUACCAACAUAACAACAACAGAGGAUGCAGAGCAUAUAUUAACAUCUCAGGAUAAGGGUCCCGACAGCGAAGAGUUUGCUGCUGCAUCGAAGCUUGACGAUGAUGUCAACUUUUACCAAACUGCAAAUCCCAAUGUGGCAAAGAUGUUUCACUUGAAAGUUGAUGUUAAGCGCCCUGCUUUGGUUUUGCUAAAGAAAGAAGCAGAGAAAGUGACUCAUUUUGAUGGGCAGUUCGAGAAGUCUGUAAUAGCUGAGUUUGUUACUGCUAACAAGCUUCCUCUAGUGACCACAUUCAGCAGAGAAAGUGCACCGUUGAUAUUUGAGAACCCAAUUAAGAAGCAACUUUUGCUCUUUGUCAAAUCGAAUGACUCAAUAGAAGUAUUGCCAACAUUCCAAGAGGCUGCAAAGCAUUUCAAGGGAAAGAUUGUCUUUGUACAUGUGGAAGUUGAUAAUGAAGAAGUCGGAAAACCUGUAGCAGAAUAUUUUGGCAUCACUGAGGAUGCUCCAAAAGUUUUGGGGUAUGCAGGAAGUGAUGAUGCUAGGAAAUAUUUUCUUGAUGGGGAAGUUACACUUGAAAACCUUAAGGCAUUUGGGGAGGCUUUCCUGGAAGACAAGCUCAAACCAUUCUAUAAAUCCGAUCCUAUCCCUGAAACAAAUGAUGGAGAUGUGAAGAUUGUUGUCGGGAACAACUUUGAUGAUAUUGUUCUAGAUGAGUCCAAAGACGUUCUCCUUGAGAUAUAUGCACCAUGGUGCGGGCAUUGCCAAUCUCUUGAACCAACAUACAACAAGCUCGCCAAGCACUUGCGUUCGGUCAAAUCUCUUGUUAUAGCCAAAAUGGACGGUACCACAAACGAACACCCAAAGGCAAAGGCUGAUGGUUUCCCCACGAUUCUCUUCUUCCCAGCAGGAAAGAAGAGCCUUGACCCCAUUCCUGUAGAUGCCGAUCGGACAGUGGUUUCAUUGUACAAGUUCCUGAAGAAACAUGCGUCAAUCCAUUUUAAGCUUCCGAAACCAGCUUCUUCCUCAGUCAACGAAGUCCCUGAGGCCCCAAUUAGUGAUGUGAAGGACGAGCUAUGAUGACCUUAACUACAAAGGCUGUUUCUCGGCAACUAUAAAGGCGAUUAUACUAAUUUUAAAAUGAGAGACGGGAUAGAGAAAAUGAUAUAUGGAAGGUGAAAAUUUAUCUACAUCUUUUUUUUUUGCUUGGUGUUUGGUAUGCAGAGAAUUGACUUUGUAGCUACUUACAAUGAACAUCGCUCAAAUUGAAGUGAGACAAAUAAACAUUAAAUUUUUCUACUCAUUUACUAUUCACCGCCCCCCUAUUACUACUUACCGUCCCUC